AUGAUGAGUGGCUCCCGCAGGCGCAGCGCGACCACCGUGCUCUUCCUCUUCCUCCUCACCUUGACCUUGUUGGGCGCUCGCUUCGUCGACGGCGCACGAAGCAUGCAGCAGACGACGAGGAGCGGCGACGCCAUCAGGCCGGCGCCGGCGGCGAUGAGGCUCGUCUACGGCGGCUACCUUCCACGGCCCAGGGUGAUCCCGCCCUCGGGGCCCUCGGAGGGGCACAACGCCAUCGGCCCGGAGGACAAGGACAAGCAGCGGAUGAAGCUGCGCAAGCCUUGAUGGCUUUGCAGCGCCGUGCGUGGUGCUGUGCAUCAAGGUCAACGUACGCCAUCCAUAUACAGCACUAGUACUUACUCUUAUUAGCUAGCGACCUCCCAGGCACUGCACGUAUAUAUAUACGGUUGCGGCAUCAUGGUGCUGUGCUUCACUUUUUUU